AUGAACCGACGCAAGAAAGUUAGCCCGAACAAGAAAAUGAUUAUAAUAAUCGACACGGGCCACGGCGGUUUGCUCGGGAGCGUCCACGAAAAUUAUGACAAUGGAGCGGCGGCUUACGUGCGCCGAGCGGAAUCGCAAUUAAUAACGUCGCUUAUAUUCAAAGCAAUAAUGACUAUAAUUGCGGGCAGCCGUAAGUCGCAAGUGGACUGUCGCUUGUGGAAUUUUGAUUCUUGCACGGCGUCCGUAAGACUCACAAUGGAGUGGCGGGAAUUGGAGCGAGAGUCGCUUCACGGCAGAGAGCGAUUCAGCAGCCCAAUGCGGAGGACGGCAGACUCAUUCCGCAUCCAGACGCUCCUUUAUAGCGGAACAUGUUCCAUUAACGAUGUUAUGAUGAACAUUCGCUCAAUAGAAAUGGCAAAUUAUAUUAACGACAGAAAUACAUUAGCACGGCGCAUCGCCCCGGCCGCGUGGACGAAUAAU